GUCUGCCUGUUCUCCGGGUGUUUGUGUGGAUUCUCUCCUUCAAGUCAGAGAAGUAACGGUAUGUGGUUUAGUAUAAUGGCCACCUUAGCAGGAACGGUACCAAGAAUGAUGAGACCAGCGCCAGGCCAGAAUUACCCCCGUACCGGAUUCCCCUUGGAAGUGUCAACUCCUCUGGGUCAAGGUCGUGUAAAUCAGCUUGGCGGAGUGUUCAUUAAUGGGAGGCCACUGCCAAACCAUAUCCGACACAAGAUAGUAGAGAUGGCACACCACGGCAUCCGACCCUGCGUGAUCUCACGGCAGCUUCGAGUUUCCCACGGUUGCGUGUCCAAAAUCCUUUGUCGGUACCAAGAAACGGGUUCCAUCCGUCCCGGGGCCAUAGGUGGAAGCAAACCCAGGCAGGUAGCAACGCCUGAUGUGGAGAAGAGGAUCGAAGAAUACAAGCGAGAGAAUCCGGGCAUGUUCAGCUGGGAGAUCCGGGACAAGCUGCUGAAGGACGGCGUGUGUGACAGAAGCACAGUUCCUUCAGGUGAGGCCCCAUCUGUGAGUUCCAUUAGCCGGGUUUUACGAGCUCGGUUUGGCAAGAAAGAUGAUGAAGACGAUUGUGAUAAGAAGGAUGAAGACGGGGACAAAAAAACCAAGCACAGCAUUGACGGCAUACUCGGCGACAAAGGCGGCCGCAUGGACGACGGCUCAGAUGUAGAGUCCGAGCCCGACCUGCCCCUGAAGAGGAAGCAGCGGCGGAGCCGCACCACCUUCACGGCGGAGCAGCUGGAGGAGCUGGAGAAGGCCUUCGAGCGCACGCACUACCCCGACAUCUACACCCGCGAGGAGCUGGCCCAGCGGACCAAGCUGACGGAGGCCCGCGUGCAGGUGUGGUUCAGCAACCGGAGAGCCAGGUGGCGCAAGCAGGCGGGAGCCAAUCAGCUGGCAGCCUUCAACCACCUGCUGCCCGGCGGGUUCCCGCCCACUGGGAUGCCGACUCUGCCGACGUACCAGCUUCCUGAGUCGAGCUACCCCACCGCCACGCUGCCACAGGAUGGCAGCAGCACGGUACACCGGCCCCAGCCCCUGCCCCCCUCCUCCAUGCACCAGGGCGGGCUCACGGGCGACACCGGCUCCGCCUACGGCCUCUCGUCCAAUCGCCACAGCUUCUCCAGUUACUCCGACACCUUCAUGAGCCCCUCGGCCUCCAGCAACCACAUGAACCCAGUCAGCAAUGGGCUCUCUCCGCAGGUGAUGAGUAUCCUAAGCAACCCCAGCACGGUGCCUUCCCAGAGCCAGCACGACUUCUCCAUCUCGCCGCUGCACGGCAGCCUUGAGGCCUCUAACCCCAUCUCGGCCAGCUGCAGCCAGCGCUCGGACCCCAUCAAGAGCGUCGACAGCCUGGCCUCCUCGCAGUCCUACUGCCCGCCUACUUACAGCACCACCAGCUACAGCGUGGACCCCGUCGCCGCUGGCUACCAGUACAGCCAGUACGGGCAGACCGCCGUGGACUACCUGGCGAAGAACGUGAGCCUGUCCACGCAGAGACGGAUGAAACUCGGCGAGCACUCAGCUGUCCUGGGACUGCUGCAGGUGGAGACAGGACAAGCAUAUUGACACCACCCCCAUCACCCACCCCAUGCCCCUCCCGACAGGCUGGGACACCCCGGCGACCCCGUCCCCAGUAUCAGCACUCCGCUCCGAACCUAAUGUGCGCUCCAGUGCAGAAGCACUUCCCAGAGCUUUGUGUGCGCGUGUGUGUGUGUUCGUGUGUGUGUAUGCCCGUCUGUGUGUGUCUUAGCGUUGCCGUGGGAGCUCUGGAGCCGAAGCAGCCAAUCAGCGCUCUCGUUCCGUGGCUACGAAGCAGCCAAUCGGCGCUCUCGUUCCGUGGCUACGAAGCAGCCACUGAGGGUGAGAGGGCUUUGAAAAUAAACAUUCAAAAAAAUAAACAAAUUAAAAACAGCCAUUCCAAUACCAGCCAUCAAACACCUCCCCCAGUCCCCCCCAUGCUCCUGUUCAAAGAGCAACUGGUUCAGAGUCUUUCAGGACUCGAGCAGAUAUGAAGACAACAAGCAGUCAUCGCUACAGCCAAAACCACAGCCCACUGGCGGCAAACGUUAGCACACAACAUCCGUGGCCGUAUCUCCCUCCGGAUUUUGGACUUUGCUGUUGAUAGUAGCUUAGUGAUUGUCAUAAUAAUUCAAUUUGUUACUAUUAUUGUUAUUGCUGUUAUUAUUCUUGAUGUUGUUAUUAUUCUAAUUAUUGUAAUUAUGUUGUUUCAAAUUUUUUUUAUUUGUACAUUAUUUUCUUCACUAGGCCUUGGAGUGAUAUGUAAACAGAUAAGUGAAGGAGUUUUGAGCGAGAGGACAGCUACCACGCGAAAUCCUGGGGAUAUUAGUUUUCCAGAAGUGCUCUCUCUGUCUUAAUGGUCACGAGUGAUUUGACCUUCCUGUUUUAAGCUCGACAUUCCGGCAGUACUCGGCCAUUCCGUGGAAAAAGUCUCCACUGGGUGGGAAGUAUUUGAGAGCGACCCCCCCCCCCCCCCCCAGCCCUUCCGAAA